AAGAGUAAAUAAAAAUGAUAUGUUUUUAACACGCCUGAGGUGAGGAAUUAACGGAGAAUGGAGACGCGCCUCGGUCACUUCCUUUUGGCCGUUUUCUCGGAGUGGAUUUGGCUCUUCACCCUAACUUCCAUCCAGGGCGGAACGAAAGCGGAGGUGAGGUGCAUUCCCUCGUGCCAGCUGCCGCUUAUCAACGCGUUUCCCCGGGAACUCUCAGCGCUGGAUUUGGCUGAUUUUGACGAGACACCAGUUGAGGAGUUAGUUGGAUUUAUCGAGGGGUCACCGGAAGCCAAAUCCACAUUUGAAGGAGGCGAAAAAAAGCGCAACGUUGAGGAAUUUACCGCGAGGGAAGAAAGUUCGUCUAAAGUGCAGCGACGGCUGGGGGGAAAUAAUACGAAGGACGCCUUGAACGGUCAGCAAAAACUUUCCCAGCAGGAAGUUAAAUCUCUAAGUGUGGCUGUCCCAUCACCCACUGACGCCCAAAAAUCAGAGAAUAACAGCUUUAUCGCUGAAAAUGGGGCGCAGCAGGUUGAUUUAACGGGGGAAGAGGAUGCAGACGUGCCCAGUUGGAGACGAACACGCGGCGCGAGGAGCGCAGAGGCAUGGUCCGGAUUCAGACCCGAGGAGGGCGGGGAGGAUGCUUCGUUUGCGGACCAGGAGGAGGUUCAGCUCACAAGUUCUACAUUCGCACUGACUGGGGACACGGCGCAUAACCAGGCCAUGGUGCACUGGUCCGGACAGAACAGCAGUGUGAUCCUCAUGUUGACAAAAUACUACGACUUCAACACGGGCAGAGUAACAGAGAGCUCUCUAUGGAGGUCAACUGAUUAUGGGACCACAUAUGAGAAGCUUAAUGAGAAAGUCGGGUUAAAAACCAUCCUGAGCUACUUGUAUGUGAGUCCUAACAACAAGAGAAAGAUCAUGUUACUUACGGACCCCGAGGUGGAGAGCAGUCUGCUCAUUAGCCUUGACGAGGGGGCGUCCUAUCAGAAACACAGCUUAGCCUUUGAUAUCCUCAGUCUGCUUUUUCACCCAGAGCAAGAGGACUGGAUCCUGGCUUAUAGCCAUGACCAAAAGCUCUAUGUCUCUGUCGAAUUUGGGAAAAGAUGGCAGCUUGUGCAUGACAACGUUGUCCCCAACAGAUUCUACUGGUCCAGACUGGGUUUGGACAAGGAGCAGGGAAUGAUACACCUGGAGGUCAGCGUCUCUGAUGGACGGUCACAGUACAUAACUUGUAAACUUCAGAAUUGCUCUGAUGGAAACAAGGGCAAGCCUUUCCCUGGAUUUAUCAUCCCUAACUCCCUGGUGGUUCAGGAUGAAUACGUUUUCAUCCAGGUGCCAAUAGGUGGCCAGUCUGUCCAUUAUGUGUCCUAUAAAAGAAACUCUUUCUACCCCAUGAAGCUUCCCAAGUACACACUGCCAAAGGACUUGCAGAUAAUAAGCACAGAUGAUAACCAGGUCGUGGCAGCGAUUCAGGAUUGGCACCAGAAUGACUCGUACAACCUGUACAUGUCUGAGUCCAGAGGGCUGUUCUUCACCCUGAUGCUGGAGGACGUCGUGAGCAGCGGAGGACCAGAGGGCAACAUCAUGAUCGACCUCUAUGAGGUUGCUGGGAUUAAAGGGGUGUUCCUGUCAAAUAAAGUUGUUGAGAACCAAGUGAAAACUUAUAUCACAUACAACAAGGGGAGAGACUGGCGCCUUCUUCAGGCUCCGGCAACCGAUCUCCAGGGAAACAAGGUCUAUUGUGAACAACCGUACUGUUCUUUACAUCUCCACCUGCAUGUCUCAGAGAAUCCCUACACCUCUGGAAACAUUGUCAGCAAGGAUACAGCUCCAGGAAUUAUAAUAGCAUCAGGCGUGGUUGGACCAGAGCUGACCAAUACUAACGUCAGUAUUUUCAUCACAUCUGAUGCUGGAAACACCUGGAAAGAGGUUUUUCAGGAAGAGUACAGCGUGUUUUUCCUGAAUCAAGGAGGAUCUCUGGUGGCCAUAAGACACACACCUCUGCCAAUUAGACAUAUUUGGCUGAGUUUUGAUGAGGGCAGAAACUGGGACAAAUAUAGCUUCACCUCCUCUCCGCUCUAUGUAGAUGGCGUGCUGGGGGAGCCUGGAGAGGACACCCUCAUUAUGACAAUAUUUGGUCACUUCAGCCAUCGAUCUGAGUGGCAACUUGUCAAAAUUGACUUCCGCUCAAUUUUCCAACAUCGAUGCACAUCUGAAGAUUAUCAGACAUGGCAGUUACACAAUGGGGACGAAGUGUGCAUCAUGGGAAUGAAGAGAAUCUUCCAGAAGCUGAAAGCAAACGUUCCGUGUGUCAAGGCCAGAGAUCAGUAUAUUUCCCAGAUGUCAGACUCCUGCCCGUGCACGGAGGCAGAUUUUGAGUGUGACUACGGCUUUGAGAGGCAGAUAGAUGGAAGCUGUGUUCCAGCUUUCUGGUUUGUUCCUUCAGCUACUUCCAGAGACUGCAUCGCAGGAGACAGUUUCCUCAACACUACAGGAUAUCGCAGAGCUUUGUCUAACAACUGCACCGAGGGAACGCUGUUGAAGUACAGCCCCAGGCGACAAAAGUGUCCCACUCAGGCACCCAGGGGCCUCCAGCUCUUCACCAGCGAGGGAACGAUGGUGGCAACGCUAGGGAGGAAUGUCACCUUCUUGGUCUUCCUGGAAGAGGGUCUGAGCUCCACCACAAGUAUAAGGGUAGACUUUGGUGACGGGACCUCCAUGUCUUAUGUAAACAUAAGCUCCAUUGACGACGGGGUCAAGCAUAUCUACAGUAAAGUUGGCAUCUACCAAGUUUCUGCAACAGCGACCAACAGCUUAGGCUUUGACAGGGUGAUACUCUACCUCCACAUAUCCUGUCAACUUGAGCAGGUCCAGCUGUUGGCUCCUUCAGUAGUCAUCAAGAACAAAGCCGUAAACCUAACAACAGUGUUACGACCCAGCAAUGUUGGGACUGUCACCUAUUAUUGGUGGUUUGGUAACAAAACAGAGCCCGCGGUGACCCUGGAUGGAGCAAUGUCUUUCAUUUUUUCUGCAGAGGGGAGUCAUUCUGUUGUUGUACAGGCUGCAGUGGGAAAUACAGUCCAUCAGGACCAGAUGACUGUUGCAGUUUAUGACUAUUUUCGGUCGCAUGUUCUCGCCUUUUCUUCCAAUCUUGACGAGAUGAACCCAGGGGUGUCUGAGUGGAGAGAGGACAUCAGCAGAGUUGUGAAGAGCUGUGCAGUUCAGGUCACAGGAAUCAGUGAGGAUCAGCUCCUAGUCACUGUGCUUCCUGGUUUACCAACGACAGCAGAGAUUUUCAUCGUGCCUGAGAAGAAGUCGAGACAUGGAGCUGUGGAUGAAAAGUGGGCGCACCUUGAUCAGCUCUCUCAGGUUCUGCUAAGUGCUUUGAACCAAGACCUCAUCCGGUUCACACUCAAGCCAGGGGUGCUUGUGAACGUGUAUGCCACACAGCUGUCGCCAGCUCCUCUGGUGGACAGCAGCGAUAGCGGCCACAGUGGCACUGCGGUCAUCAUGCUGGUGUCAGUCGUACUGAUGGGCUUGGCUGUGUUUGUUAUUUAUAAAUUCAAAAGGAAGAUUCCCGGCAUCAACACAUACACAGCGGAGCAGCCUGACAAAGAACAAGAGGUCAUCCCAACAGUGACCUCCAUCGCCGUCCCAAAUCCUGAGGGGGACAAGCUGACCUCUCUGGAUCAUGUGGAUGUACAGCUGGACUCCAAAAGCAGAGGCUACCUGCCAUCUCACACAGACAUCAAGCUCUCUGAUGAAGCGCCCCAUGUGUUUUAAUGUUGGGAGUCUAUGACCGACUCGAAAGCAAUACAUCUUCUUUGGCAGUUACUUCCAGCAAGCUAUGAAACCACGGUCACAAUGAACGGUCUCGAGUGUUUUGCUACCCAUGCAUGGAUGGACCAGUUCACACUGUGCUGCCUAAUCCCUCCGAGGAGACUGUACAGAUUUCUACUCGCUUCUUGAAAACAAGGGACACUUUUUGACUGAAAAUACUUGUAUUUUUGCAAGGACGUUGAACUUUUUAUGUAAAUAAUGUACAUCCAUAAUGGAGGACGUUGAAGUUAUUUGUCUCGGCUGGUUACAGCUG